AUGAAAUGCAAGGACAAUAAAAAUGUUGAGACGAUCUGUCCAGUGCGAUAUUCCCAAUGUUUCAGAGAUGCGGAUUUCUUUGACAACAGCAACAGAGUGUUUGACAAACCAUUGUUUUACCUAUCAACAGAUUCGAUUCAGAUCGACAGUUACAUGGAAAUCACCAGUGCUGUCUGUACUUCACCUGUCAUAAACUGGAGGAUUACUUAUGUUGAUGAAACUCAGGAGCUUUUUGUUCCUUUUGUAAAUUUUACACAACCCGAUACGUCUGUUUUAAAAUUGGCAAGGGGAACGCUGGAAAACGGACUUUAUAUCGUGGCAUUAGAGGUUAAAUUCCCUUCAGUAAGCAGUCAUGAGUGGACAGAAGAUUUGUUCGUAAUGAAAGUGGUUGAUCCGGAACUUGUUGCGUAUAUUUCAGGCGGCGAGUAUCUAGAAAUUCCAUUUGGAAAUGAGCUUAAUAUAAAGGGGAACAAAUCAUACGAUCCUUCGAAUGAAUCAAAAGCGCUUGAACCUUUGCAGGCUGCCUGGUCAUUUGUUGUUUUCUCUUCACUACCACCAGGUUCUUUGAACACAAUUUUAACAAGUUUUCCUAUGAUAACAUUGCCUUCACAAACUGUAGCACCUCAUAAAAUUUAUGAAAUACAAAAUGGAACAGAGUAUGUACUGAAGGUUGAAACUUCCUUGUUUCCUUCAUUUUCGUACUGUAUGGCAGUGUUUUCUCUAUCGCGCGGAGGUAGAAUGGCGUCAGCGAUGCAAAUUGUGAAGCUGAUGAGCAAUAUUUUGCCAGUUUCAAUAAAUUGUGUAUAUAAUUGUCAUGUUGGACGAGACAGGCUAUUUUACUACGAUAGGCUUGAGCUAGACCUGAGUAUUCCAGCUGGGACAGAUACAACGAAUUUUACAUACUCCUGGUCCGUCUUAGUAUGGAACACCAAAUGGGCUACAUUUUCAACUCCUUUGCUGCCUAUUUUAACUGACACAGGUAUAAGCUUUUUGUGA